AUGUGGAGGACGGUCUGGGGCAACCUCUCCGCCUCGGGGGCGAGAGAGGCGAUCGUGACGCCCGAGUACGGGCCUGGCUACUUCACGGGCCAGAGCUGCGUCACCAAGGAGUGGUCCCCCGAGGCGCUGUGGGCGCAGACCCUCGCCGCUUCGGCGCACCUGCGAGAGGAGUUUGCGGCGUGGGAGGCUGGCCGCCCACCGACCGGCCAGGGGCCCUCGCCCGCCCUCGCGGACCUCCCCGCCCCUCCCCCUCCCCUCCCCGCACGCGUCUGCACCCUCCCCACCAUCGACGUGUCGCGCUUCGUGGCUGGCGGCGCCGCCGAGCGGGCGAGCCUGGCCGAGGAGUGGAAGGCGAGCCUGGCCGAGGAGUGGGACGCCGCCUUCUCGGGCGUCGGCUUCUGCCAGCUCGUCGGGUACGAGUCCCUCCUCCCCGCCUCCGCCAUCGCCGCGCUGCGCGAGGCAGCGACCGUCUUCUUCGAGACCGAGUCGCGCGAGGUGAAGAUGCGCUCGCACAUCGACGGGCUCCUCGGCUAUUUGGCCAUCGGCGAGGAGAAUGUCGCCGCCACCGUCGGCGCUGCCAACCGGGUGGCGGAUAAGGUCGAGGGCCUCAACUUCUCGGGCUACGGAAGCGAGCUCAACGGCUCGCGAGGCUGGCGGUCGCGCGACCCGUGCGAGGUGCCUUGGCUCGAGGAGCCCUUCGCGCGCGCGCUGCCCGAACGGUUACGGCAAGCGGCGGCGGAGUACUGGAAGGCGGCGACGGCGCUGAUGCACGUCCUGCUCGAGCUCUCCGCGCUCGCGCUCGGGCUCGAGGCGAGCCACUUUGGUCCCUACUAUGCUGAGCCCGGCUGCACGCUUCGCCUCGCGUACUACCCUCCCGGCCCGGGCGAGGAGGGGCAGCUGCGGUAUGGCGAGCACACCGACUACGAGGGCUUCACCAUCCUGCAGCGGCCCGUGGAGGGGGGCGGCGAGGGCAACGGCGGGCUCGAGGUGCAAGACCCGCGCACGGGCUCCUGGGCGGGGGUCCCCUCGCUGCCCGACACGCUGACCAUCAACAUCGGCGACCUGAUGGCGCGCUGGACGAACGACCGCUGGCGAGCGACGAGGCACCGCGUGCCGGCGCCUACCGCGGGCAGCGCCGCCGCCGCGUGCGGCCGGUUGAGCUUGGUGUACUUCACCGGCCCCAACCCGAGUAUGCCGGUGCAUUGCCUGCCGUCAGCCAAGUGCGACUGCGAGAAUCCGAAGUACCCGUCGAUCACGCUCGAGGAGAAUGUGCAGGCCAAGUUGCUCGCCGCACAGCGCGGCGCCGCCGACGGCGCGUGA